AUGGGAGAUGGAGUUUACUCUUUUGCAGAUGCUUUAUGUCCUAUUCUUGAAAAAACUUCGUUGAUGUUAGAAGGUACUCAUAUUAUUGCAAACCAUUUAUUGUCACAGGAUGAGGAGCCACAAAUUAAAAAAAAUGGUGUUUCAACAGAUGUCCGACAGCUACGGCAAAAACCAGGUGUGUAUCUUUUUUUAGAUUUACCGCAGUACUUACUUUUUGAAAGGGAGAAAAACUACAUCUGCAACAACGAUGUUUGGUUGUCUGCAGAGAUUUUUCUUAUUUUCUGCUAUUGUAUAAUUCACGUGGCGCACGAGAAAUCAGUGACAAUUCCAUAA